AUGCUUUGUCCGUUAGAAACAAUAAUACUCGCUGCGAUUCUUCUAAAAUCCUACUCGAAAACUUGAUAUAUGUAAAAAAAAUCGAUUAAACCAGUGCCCGUACCGAAAAUUGCCGGCAUAUCAGAGUGAAUAGAGAAAAUAAUUCCUGUACGGGGAAGAAAACAUCUCUUUAAACGUCUUGAAGAUGACGUUAACUCGACGUCAUUUAACUAAAGAAAAAAUUCGGUAUAAACCACUUACGGAGUACGAUGAAAAUUUACCUUAUGGCGGUAAAGUUGUUUUGGCAAAGAAGAAGAAGCCCGACAGCUGGGCAAUCGUCGUCUUAGAGAUAUCAGCCCUUCUCCUUGUAAGUGGUCUUCUCUACUACACAUAUUAUUAUUUUGAUCAUAUGCAUUUUCAUGUUACUCACUUUUAUGCUAAAAUUGGCCAUUCUUAUGCUCAACAUGCAAUUGGGCAAAAAUAUUUAGAUGGCAAAGGAGUUGAAAGAAAUCACACAGCUGCAUUCCAAUGGUUUAGAAAAGCAGCAGAUCAAGGUCAUCCCCAUUCAAGUUAUAAUUUGGCAGUAGGUCAUUUACAAGGAUUUAGAACAGAUGUAAAACCUGGAGAAGCACAUGAUCUCAUCAAACAUGCUGCUAAACAUGGAGUGGAAGAAGCUCACGAAAUACUUGAAAAAGUUUGUUCCAUUGGCCAUUGUGAUCACUGAUACCAGAAUGCCUUUAUAAAAAUUAUUUUUUGAAAUAAGAAACAAUGAAUUUUAUAGGCCAUUGUUAUAAAAAUAAUUUAUGUAUAUUUUGUAAUUAGAUACUGUUCAUGUUCACAAAUUGCAAAAGUAUUGUAUUAAUUUUAAUUUAACAUCUAUAUAAU